AUGGGUAAAAAGAAACUUCUAGGCCCUACGGUUAUACAGGCAAUAGUGGACAAGGUCAAUAUUAUACGGACCAGGUUGAAAAUAGCAAAAGACAGGCAAAAGAGCUACGAGGAUGUGCAUAGAAAGGAUCUCGAGUUCAAGGUUGACGAUCGAGUAUUCUUGAAGCUUUCUCUUUGGAAAGGUGUAAUACAUUUUGGAAAACGAGGGAAGCUAAGUCCUCACUACAUUGGACCAUAUGAGAUAGCAGAGAGGAUAGGUCCAGUGGCAUACAAGAUCGACUUGUCAGAGGAGCUUUCUCGAGUUCACGAUGUUUUUCACAUCUCCAUACUUUGCAAGUAUAUCUCAGAUCCAUCACAUAUGUUGGAGACACCGGAUAUUGAGUUAAAGGACGACUUGUCUUAUGAGGAGCAGCCAAUGCAGAUUUUAGGAAGGGAAGAGAAAAGGCUUCACAACAAGACUAUACCUUUAGCGAAGGUUCUUUAG